GUAAUAAGCUGAAAAGGAAUUAUGGAACUAAAAAAAUUUAGCAACACAAAAAUAGAUGGAUUGUGAACGAUGAAAAAAGCAAGUGGAAAACCGACGCCGUUCAUUUAAAAUAGCAAAUCGUCCACUAAACUGCAAUUACAUGAUUUUUUUAACAUUUAAAUGAGUGGGUUGGUCCAGUUAAGUAUAAGGAUUAAAACUUUUUCCAACGUGAAGUUUCCGGUAUAUAUGACAGGAUUCCAACCCACCGGCUAUUGUUGCACACAGUUCCUGGUUGUUAAUAGUCUUAUUUUUUUAGUGAAAAUGAAGACUGCUUUGAAAGUUUUCUUAGUGGCGCUCGCUAUUCCAACUAUCAUGGGUAUGUCGGAUGAAAUGCAAGAACUAGCCAAUCAGUUGCAUACCACAUGCAUUGGAGAAACUGGAGCAGCCGAAGAUGCUAUUACAAACGCAAGAAAUGGAGACUUUUCCGAAGCAGACAGUUUCAAAUGCUACAUAAAGUGUCUUCUGUCCCAAAUGGCCAUAAUUGACGACAAUGAUGGAACUAUUGAUGUGGAUGCAAUGGUGGCAGUUUUACCUGAAGAAAUCCAAGAAGCCACUGAGCCAAUUAUUAGAAAGUGUGGAAGCAUCAUUGGCGCAAAUCCUUGCGACAGCGCCUGGCUUACUCAUAAGUGCUACUAUAAAGAAGGUCCAGAGAUAAAUCAUUGCAUAAUGCUUAUUCUGCCUGCCAUCCGGGCAUUGUCGGACGAAAUGAAAGAACUGGCCCAAAUGCUUCAUAACACGUGUGUAGCUGAAACAGGAGUAAAUGAAGAUUUUAUCCGGAAAGUGAAUGCCGAGAAAAUUUUUGCCGAUGACGAAAACCUGAAAUGCUACAUAAAGUGUCUCAUGGCCCAGAUGGCUUGCAUUGACGACGACGGAAUAAUAGAUGAAGAAGCAACCAUUGCAAUUCUUCCGGAAGAAUAUCAGGCUUUGGCUGCUCCAGUUAUUCGUGCUUGUGGCACCAAACACGGAGCAAAUCCCUGCGAAAAUGCCUGGUUGAGUCAUCGCUGCUAUGCAGAAAUGGAACCUAGCGCUUAUAUGUUAAUUUGAGCAAAAUUAAGGAUGUUCGGUGCUUCUAGCUAUUUAAGGAUGCUCUGUUAAGACCACACGUACCAAAGUACAUUUUAUAAGUUACAAAUAUAAUGCAUUUUUAUGGACAAGUUAUUGUAAUAAAGUCAAAUAAAGAUAUUACUUGAAAUA